AAGAGCAGCAGCAGCAGAAGGCAGCAGCAGCAGCAGCAGGAAAGGCCUCAAGUGUCUCUCUUUCUCACUGUACAUACACCGUAUCAUUGUCUCUGUGGCUGCGGCACCCAGCAGCAGCACUGCAGCAGCAGCAGCAGCCGCAGCAGCAGCGCAGCAUGAACAUUUGAGGGGCAGCCGCAGGCGCAGCAGCGCCACAGUGGAGGACCUGCAGCAGCAGCAGCAGCAGCAGCACCCCCUCCGUUUGUUUCUGUCCGGAGUGACCUGCAGCAAAUACUUUGCCGAGAGCAGCAGAGACGUGUGUCUCCUGUCUCCCCGUGAGGGCCCGCAGGGGUCUCCGUCCUCAUUGCCCCCUCUGGGGCCCCAUAGGGAGCCCCCUCGGGGGGCCCCUGUGGGGCCCCCUAUGGGGCCCCCUAUGGGGCCCCCAAUGGGGCCCACUCUGGGGGCCCCUGUGGGGCCCCCUGUGGGUGUAGAGUGUUUUGAUGAAGUGCCUUUUGUGUGCAGCGCUCUGCAUGCAGCAGCAGCAGCAGGGACUUGUCCGUGGGCCCCUAGCGAGGGCAUAUACCCUGUGGUGGCUCAGCUGCCGGAGGACCUUUUCUCUUAA